AUGUCUCCCCUCCCUGACUUCAUCCGUCCUCUCGUCCUCUCUGGCCCCUCAGGCGCGGGCAAAUCCUCACUUCUCCAGCGACUCUUCGCCGAAUUUCCCGACAAAUUCGCCUUUAGUGUUUCCCAUACAACGCGCGCUCCACGGCCGGGAGAGAAAGACGGGAAAGAGUACCACUUCGUCUCCAGGGAUACCUUCCUUCACUUGAUCGAUCAGAGCGCCUUCAUCGAGCAUGCUGAGUUUUCUGGCAAUUUCUACGGAACCAGCUUUCAAGCCGUGAACAGCAUCUCUCAGCUGGGAAAACGCUGCAUCCUUGAUAUUGAGGUCCAGGGUGUCCGCCAAAUCAAGAACACAUCCUUGAACCCUGUCUACCUUUUCAUUGCACCACCGUCAAUGGACGCUCUUCGAUCACGUCUUGUUUCUCGCGGCACUGAAACAGAUGCCGCUGUCGAUAAACGUAUGAAGACUGCACUGAACGAGAUUAGCUACGCGAAGGAGUCAGGCGCACACGACAUGAUCAUUGUCAACGACAAUCUUGACAGGGCAUACAGUCUGUUCAAAAAGGUCGCAUUGGGCGAAAAGAUAGUCACUGAUAAUCUCCCUGUUUUCAACGAUUAGUUCUGAAAUUAGUUCUCUGGUACUG